AUGAAGGCCCCUGCUCGAGUGCCAUUAAAUAGAAACAACCCUGACGAGGAGAAGAGUAAUUAUGCCAAUUUUAAUAAUACAAGAAUAAUCACCUUAUUUCAAGUGCCUCAAUAUGAAUAUUUACAAAUCCUCAUUUGUAAUGGUAACUCCCUAACAACAUUAGCCGGUGUUGAACAUAUUAAGCAUUUAUGGAAGCUCGAUGUUGGAAAUAAUCAGAUUCGAAGUCUUCAGCAUUUAUCACGCUUUAUAGCGCUCGGUUCGCUUAUAUUGUCAAAUAAUCGUUUACAAUGGAUUGAAUUACAACAUAUUCGACAUAUGUUUAUACUCGACUUACGACUUGAUGGAAAUACUAUACUAGAUGCUGAUCCUAAUUAUCGUCAACAUGUACUUGAUUGUUUGCCACGUAUUUGGAUGUGUGAUGGUAUUUUUGUUUCAACCGCCGAACGUAAUCAAAUCGAUGAGUUUUUUACGCAAUCAUCAUUAAAAUUGAAACCUGUGCGACAUAAACUAUCCCGCGAUAUAUUUAUGCCAACAAAUCUAAAAGAUCGUGCGACAAAUGGACUUUUUGGGUCAAAGGCAACGGAGUUGUUUGCUAAAUUUCCGAUGAAUUGUUUUGUGAAUUCAGAACAUGACAAGAGAAGAAUCAAACAUUUAGCUGCAACAAUUCAAGAUUUAUUACUUACAGAAAUGAGAAACGAUGAUACCAAAAAAAAUGAAGAGUUUCUAACGGACAAUCGUCAUAUACUCUAUCAUAUGGUUGAUAUACGACAGAAUCAUAUCGAAGAAUUCAAUAUGUUACUCAUAUUACUUGUUACUCAUAUUCUCUUUGAAAUUCCUGUGGAUUUACUAAAUUAUGUUCUCGAUAUUACACAUAUAAAAACCAUUGGAAAUAUAAAUAUGGAUCCAAUAUUUUCAUCGAGUGGAGAAUUAAGACAUAUGAUUGCAUCAUUGGUUCAUGCGGGUGCACGAUUGGAUCGAGACGAAAAUCAUGUAUCAGCAUUUAAUGAUAAAUUGUUUAAUAGUCUUUCAAUUGUUAUUACUACUCAAUUGCGUCAAUCAUCAGGUUCAAAUACAAAUCAAUCUUAUUCUAAUAGCAGCACAGUUUCGGAAGCAAAAUCCAUCGUCUGUCUUGAAGUAAUGCAAGUAUUUAUCAUGUGUCCAUUAUUUUAUACACUGGUUGAUAAUUCAAAUGUCAAUGCAAUUUUAAAACAAGCUUUAGAUCGAUCACCAGCCUAUGGAAGUAUUAAAGAUGUUUUACAGAAUUUAAGUGCUGACGAGAAAUCAGCUGAAGAACAAAAAGAAUUAUUAAGUCCAAUAUUGGGUAAUAUACUAAAAAUGACUAUACGUACAUUAUCAAGUAGAAAAACGAAAAAAAUCCAUGAACCAAUUCUAGCGGACGCAAAUAAACCGGAACAUGAUAGUUCAACCAAACGACAACAAGAACGAACUAUAGCAUCACCAAAAGCUGCACAACGGGUACAUGCUCAUCGUAUACCAGCUAUUGGUGAUCGUAUCCUAACAGCACCACAAACAUUUGGACGUAUUGUUACCAUACCUGAUGGUGACAUAGCAAUGAUUCAAUUGGAUCAUAUACUUGCUGUUAACGGUUCAAUGAUUAUAAAUGGAUCACUAAAUGAUCACACUAAUUAUGUUAGUAUGAGUCAUUUUGAAUGGGAUUCUUUGCAUGAUUAUUGGCGACCAAAAUUUGCACUUGGUGAUAAAAUAACGUUACAUAUGACAACAACAGCAAGAGAAACACCCCGAAGUGCUCCUCUACCUCGUACAUUACCACCAAAAACAUUAGAAUCCAUUGAAAAAAAACGUACCGUGCCGAAAUUAUUUGAAAUCAAUCUUCAAAAGCCAAAAGAAGCAUUUGUUGAGCCGCCACGUGAAGCGACACCGCCUCCACCUCCACCACCCGUGUCUAAUAUCGACCACGAAGAAAAUCAUAGUGAAGAUGAAAUUGCAAACAAUGACAAUAAAGUGAUCAUAACUGAAGAAAUAACACUUGAACGUCCUAUGUCCGUUCGAAUAACAAAACAAAGACAAGAAGAACAAAAUAAAGAUUCAUCAAGUGCUGAAGCAUUUUGUUCAUCACCUAUUCUUUUUGAAUCAACACUUUUUCUUAUGCCUGAGCAAUCAAAAGCACCAGCUCCGUCUUUCGAACUACCUAAACAACAGCAGCAGCAGCAGCAGCAACAACAACAACAACAACAACAGCAACAGCAACAACAACAACAACAUGCAUAUCAUUCAUCAGCGCCAAUCAACGAUUUUGAACAUGAACCAUCUAGUUAUCGACGAUCAGCAACACAUCGCGUACAUGUACCAAUACAUAACGCAUCUCAAUGGUUCAAUGGGCCUAAUAUGCAAAACGAACGAUCAGGUCGAAUGGAAAAAGUGGUUUCUUCGCUUGUACGACGAUCAUUUCGUCCAGUCUAUGAUAAUUCAAUGCCACGUGUACCUACAUUAACUUCGCCAUCAUCAAGAGAUCAUGCACAAUUUAAAGGUGCUCGGCCAGGUACAUUACAAGAUUUUUGUCUGGAAAGUCAGCGAUUGGUACCAACACCAUUUAUGUUCGGUCGGCAAGCUCAGUCAGCGAAAUAUCGAUAUGGACCAGCAACACGUUCAUAUGACAUGAGUCGUUCAAAUGAAAGCGCAUUCCGUAUGAAAUCCAUGUUCAAUCCGCCGUGUCCAACGCCUUCAUGGAUGUGA